AUGGCAAGCUACACCAACGGCGAGAGUAACAACGGCGAGACCAAGGGCAUCCAGCCCAAGAUCACUCUCUACACCAACCACCUUUGUCCUUACGCCCACCGCGCCCACAUCACCCUCGAAGAGCUGGGUCUGGACUUUGAAGAAGUCGUCAUUGACCUGGACAAGCCUCGCGAGCAAUGGUAUCUGGACAUCAACNCCCGUGGCCUCGUGCCUACGAUCAAGUACACCGUCCCCGGCCUCUACGAUGAGGAGAUCAUCACCGAGUCGAGCAUUGUCGCACAGUUUCUCGCAGAUGCUCGUCCUUCGCACUUGCUGCCCGGCAGCUUGCACGACCCUUUCGCACCGCUGUUUAGAGCUAGAUUGGCUUUCUUUGUCGACACGUGGAACACAAAGGUUCAGGGCAACCUUUACCCUUUGAUGAAGGCCGAAGGUGAAGAGAAGGAGAAGCUGGCCAAGGAGACCAUUGCUGCUAUUGAGAAGGAGAUUGAGCCUCUGCUUGCAAAUGCUGCUCCUUUCUUUGGCGGCAAGGACAAGCCUACGCUUGCCGAGGUAUGUUGUGACUGGAAGCAAUGUCCACUGGGUAUCAUACUGACCGAAGACCCAACUGCAGNNGCCAUCAUUGCGCCUUUCCUGAUCCGCUUCUUCGCUUUCUCCAAGGAAGGCAACCUUCUUCCUUCGUCGCUGAGGAAGUCCAUCGAGGCCCUGCCCAAUACUGGCAAGUGGGCCAAGGCUGUUGUUGAGCUCCCCAGUGCUCUGACCAUCUGGAACGAGGAGGAUGUCGUCAAGAGAACAUCGGCUCGCGUGGCCAAGAUGAAGGAGGCUGCUAAGUGA